AUGUCUCGAGGCGCUGGCGGAGGGUACGACCGUCACAUCACCAUCUUCUCACCGGAAGGUCGUUUGUAUCAAGUAGAAUACGCGUUUAAGGCGAUUAAGGCGGUCGGGAUCAAUUCCAUCGCGGUGAAAGGGAAAGACUGCGUCGUUGCCGUGACGCAAAAGAAAUGUCCGGACGUUUUAAUCGAUCAAUCGGCGAUGACGCACAUGUUUAAAGUGACCAAAACGUUGGGGAUGUGCAUGACUGGGAAAGAUCCCGAUAUUAGAAACGUGGUACAAAAGGCGAGAAAACAAGCCGCAGAGUUUCGGUUCGAAUACGGAUACGAAAUCCCGGUGGACGUUUUAGCGAAUAAAAUGGCGGACGAGUUUCAAGUGUACACGCAACACGCGUACAUGAGACCUUUAGCGACGAUGUGUAUAUUAAUGGGGAUUGACGAAGAGCGAGGCGCGAGCUUGUACAAAUGCGAUCCGAGUGGGUAUUACGCCGGAUACAAAGCGUGCGCAGCCGGGAACAAAGAGGUGGAAGCGGUAAACUUUUUAGAGAAGAAAAUAAAACGCGAAAGUAACGUGAACGAUGUCGAUGGUGCGUGCAGAUUGGCCAUUUCGACGUUGCAACACGUGUUAGGUGAAGAUGUGAAAGCGAAGGAAUUAGAAGUGGCGGUAGUUACGGCGGAUGCACCAGAAUUUAGAUUGCUGUCGGAGGGCGCCAUCGAGGACCAUCUGACUGCUAUUUCCGAGAGAGACUAA